GUCUCAUUCCCACAACAAUCUCAUCAUCAUCAAAUACAUAGUAGUUAGUUUUUUAACUGUAGCUUCUGCCUUCCUCUACAUAGUGUAAGAAGAGAUAUGGGGAAAACCCCUUGUUGUGAAAAGGUAGGAUUGAAGAAAGGCAAAUGGACUGCUGAAGAAGAUGAGAAGCUGAUCAAUUACAUCAAGGCCAAUGGAGAUGGCUCCUGGAGAUCACUGCCCAAGAAUGCAGGUUUGUUGAGGUGUGGAAAGAGUUGCAGACUGAGGUGGAUUAACUACUUGAGAGAAGAUGUGAAGAGAGGUAACUUCACUGCAGAUGAAGAGGAAACCAUUGUGAAGCUGCACAAAAGCUUGGGAAAUAGGUGGUCCUUGAUUGCCAGCUAUUUACCAGGAAGAACAGACAACGAGAUAAAAAACUAUUGGAACUCUCAUCUGAGCCGGAAAAUAUACAGGUUCAGGUCUAUUGGAGAAUCCAUACUCACCUCAGCUGAUAUAAUCAAGAUGGCCAGCACGGGCAACAAACGGGCAGGUCGAGUGAGCCGAGCUGUUGCCAAGAAGUACAACAAUAAUAGUUCUACUACAGCCUCAAGAACUGGAAACUCUGAGAAUAGUUUUACAUGUAUGGUUAACGAACAGGCCACAGCUCAAGAGACAAGCUCAUCAGACAACCUACCCGUUCCCAGUGUAGGGGCAGCCAGAAUGGCAGGUGAAAAUGACUUGGAUCCACUUGACCGUUGUGAAAGCUAUGAGCAAAAAAGUGCAAAUGUAGAUGGUCUAUCAUGCGCGGAAGGGCGGCCAGGUGCAUUUAUGGCAUCGGCUAAUGAAGUAGGAGCAGAAGAGAUGUUGGGACCAUGGAAGGAGGUAGAUGAAGACAUAUUAAUGCACCUUAAGGACUUUCUUGCGGAGACAGAUCAAAGUGAGAAUAUUCUGAUUAAUGAAGGACGACAGGACGUACUGAUGAAUACAGAAAGAGAUUGUGGGGGUUGGAGCUCAAAUUCAGAAACUCAGGAUCUUUAUCCAUGUUCUUCCCCAGUAGCUUCCUACUUUAACGAUGAAGUGGUUUGGGAUCAUGAGGAUGCUGGUGAAGAGAUACUUAAUCUGUGGAAUGCGGAAGACAUUUGGAAUUGGUUAUAGGAUUAGAUGAUCAAGAAUCAGAACGUUGUGCAAAAGAGCAAUAAGAUCUGCAUGAAACUUGAAUUGAUUGUCUAGAGGUAGAGAAAAAUUUCUGUGCAAGAGGUCAUUGUCUGAAAUAAGUAGGGGACUCAGUGUAAUAAAUAGCUUUGCAUUGGUAUUUGUUAAUUUGCUUGAUGUAAAGUUAGAUCUGCUCAUAGCUCCAUACCUUCAGAAACAGCACCAUGCAAGGUUCAGAACUGGACCACAGACUUCCAGAAAUGAAUAUCAAGUAUCAGAAGGGCCAUGCCUGCCUGACAAGACUGAUGAUUAAACAUUCUUUCAUUGUCAUGUAAAGUCUUGCCCCACAAUUUGGAAUUGUCACUGCUGAAGUAAUUUGCUUG